AUGUCUCCUGCACCUCCUGUCCGAGGAAUUCCCUUCCUAUUACUUGUUCACAAAAGACGAUCAUGUCUCGCACCUCCCGUCCGAGGAAUUCCUUCCUAUUACUUGUUCACAAAAGACGAUCAUGUCUCGCACCUCCCGUCCGUUCACAAAAAGACGAAUUCCCUAUUACUUUGUUCACAAAAGACGAUCAUGUCUCGCACCUCCCGUCCGUUCCUUCCUAUUACUUGUUCACAAAAGACGAUCAUGUCCUCUCCGUCCGUAUUUCCUUCUAUUACUUGUUCACAAAAGACGAUCAUGUCUCGCACCUCCCCGUCUGAGGAAUUCCCUUCCUAUUACUUGUUCACAAAAGACGAUCAUGUCUCGAUCAUGUCUUCCUAUUACUUGUUCACGAUCAUCCGUCUCCCGUCUGGGGAAUUCCUUCCUAUUACUUGUUCACAAAGACGAUCAUGUCUCGCACCUCCUCCCGUCUGA